UUUUUUUCCUGGUGGGAAUCACAACUAGUAUAUUCAAAGUUAUAUGUAUUCUUGACUUCUUAUAGCUAUUUAAAAAUGUAUCCAGUUUGAAUACAAUGAGUGACAUUUUGUGAAUUAAAACAACAACAAAAACAAUAAACUAAAAUGAAUAUACAAAAUCAUUGCAAUAAUCAGCCGAAAAGUUUAAUACUUGGACUGGAUUGAGUAAAUAAAUAUGUAUUGUUGAUGUGUCUCACUCAGUGUCAUUUAAUUGACGGUUUUGAAGGGAUCUCUGGCUGUAAAUCGUUUGAGAAGUAAUCAAUCUAAAACAUCUCAAACCGAGUGUAACUUUAUCAGCUCGUAAUGUUGCAGAAUGACAGCGUUGUGAAAUGUUUUUGGCUUUUUUUGUUGUUUUUAUUAUGAAAGAGCGGAAACGCUGAUAACUGUGGGAGAGAGUGAAGAGAGGAGGAGAAAGGGGAGGGAAGAAGAGAAAUACUAUAACAGAACUCGGUCAGGAGAGAGAGAGGUGAGCUCGCGAGCUGCCGCACACAAUCACGGAAACUCUCGUUAACGCCACUUCCGCCCACAAGAAACAUGGCGUCUUCCUUGACGGAGAAUCUGGCGGAAUAUUUAGGCUCACCCGAGCCGGCAGUUCGACUAAUUCUUUCUAUUUUAAUAGGUUAUCCUUUUGCGCUGGUGUACCGGCGGUUUCUGUUCCAUCAGUCUCCAUCUGUCAUUCAUCUAUUCCAUGCUGUCUCAGGCCUGUCCUUGGCCAUGUUCAACUUUGGCUCUCAGGUGUAUCACUCUGCAUUAUGCAUAAUCAUCCAGUUCCUUCUGCUGAGGCUUAUGGGAAGGACCGUCACUGGUGCCCUGAGCAGCUUUAUAUUCCAAAUGACAUACCUCUUGACUGGUUAUUACUACACAGCCACAAGAGAGUAUGAUAUCAAGUGGACCAUGCCCCACUGUGUCCUUGCUCUCAAACUCAUUGGUUUGUCACUUGACUAUUAUGAUGGUGGAAAAGAACCAUCUCAGUUGAGUGCGGAGCAGAAGACCGCCGCUCUUCAAACCACUCCGUCUCUCUUGGAGGUUUUCGGUUUCUCGUACUUUUAUGGUGGCUUCUUGGUAGGACCUCAGUUCACACUGCGCAACUACAAGCGUCUGGUUUCCCGAGAAAUGACUGACUGUCCCGGCCAGGUGCCCAACAGUAUUGUCCCUGCAUUAAAGCGCUUUUGUUUGGGUUCCUUCUUUCUGCUUAUCUUCACGAUAUUUGGACCAUAUUACCCAGACAGCUAUUUCCUUACAGACGAAUUUGAGGCUCAGCCAUUUUGGUACAGGUGUGUGUAUAUCCUGCUGUGGGCUAAAGUAAACCUGUACAAAUAUGUGACCUGCUGGCUAAUAACUGAGGGCGUGUGUAUCCUCUCUGGGCUCGGCUACAGCGGCCGUGAUGAGGAUGGGCAGCCCCAGUGGGACGCCUGUGCUAAUAUGAGAGUGUGGAUAUACGAGACCACGCCGCUUUUCACAGGCACCAUCAACUCCUUCAACAUUAACACCAACGCAUGGGUGGCCAGGCACAUUUUUAAGAGGCUAAAAUUUUUGGGUAAUAAGAUGGCAUCGCAGGUUGCCACGCUGUUUUUCCUUGCUGUCUGGCAUGGCCUGCACUCCGGUUACCUGCUCUGCUUCUCCUUGGAGUUCAUCAUCGUCAACGUAGAGAAGCAGGCUCAGGCGCUUGUGAAGGACAGCCCAAAGUUGACGGCCUUCGCAAACAGCCCUCUGUAUCCCCUUAUAUACAUAGUACAGCAGUUCAUCCACUGGCUCUUCAUGGGCUACCCGCUACUAGCAUUCUGCCUCUUCACUUAUGACAAGUGGCUGAAGGUUUAUUCGUCUGUGUAUUUUUGUGGUCAUCUCUUUUUCUUCAUUGCCUACAUUAUCCUACCUUUCCUUCGUAAGGCACUGGUGCCUCGGAAAGCCAAGAGCGACAGAAAGGAAGACUAGACAGAAAUGGAUCUGAAGAAGAAUCCAGUGAGCAACCGCAUUGUACUUCAAUAAUAAAUGUGAGAAUAGUAAAAGUGGACUCUGUAAGCAUUGCUAGGUGUUGGUAUGGCAGCAAUGAAGUGAGGACGCUUAAGGAAAAAGAGCUCAUCUACACUCUUGCAACCUUGGAACCACAUGAAAGGAAUGCCAUGUUUUGGCAAGGAUUACAUCAUCAGGCAUUUCAACUAUUAACUGGUUUCACUUCAGACUCAUAAGACGUUGUUUUGAAAUCUUUGAACAAAAUUAGCUGCAUGUUUAAUCUACGGUAUAAUGCACACAAACUGUUCACUGUGAAGAUUCUAGUCCCUUAGAGUUCUACUUCAUUUAAUGACAUUGUACAUUUUCACAAAAAAAAAAACUUAUGUAUAACCCAUCAAGCUUCAAUAAUUGCAGAAAAAGCAAACUAUUCCUGUUGCUGUUCCAAAUUUUAAAGUCCCCAUGAAAUCCAAGGUGAAGUUUUGUGGAUUUUAGUAUGAAUAUGUCAGCCUUACGGUUUUCUUAUACAUACUGUAUGCUUUGCUCCAAAUUUUGUCAUCAUGCUCCAAAACGAUGACAAAAUUUGCAUUUAGAAGAUGUACAAAUACAAAAUGUACAGUCUCUCGUUAACCACCAAUACGGAGCAACAAUUUUGAUGACAUCAUUCUGCAGUUCAGCUUCUCGUCAGAUUUUCUGUCCAAUCCAGUGCUCUUUAGAAUCUGAAGUGUUCCGCCCCCAACCUUUAUAAAAAUCCAUGGUGCGUUCAAGUCAUGUCGGAAAGAUCAUAUUUGAGUUGAAAGCACACGAAACGGCACAAAGAGUCGUAAUUACAAGUGGGAAAUUUGGGAUUUUCUUUGAGCUCUGAGUUUCCAAGUCAGGUGCGUGUCAGUAAAAAGACAUGGUGGAAUCGCUGUAUGCAACGUCUGUAGUUCACGGUAAAUUAGUUGAAAUUGAAUGUUUACUCGUCUCAGAAGCUGAUCUCCGUCAUGUAUUUUGUUUAUGCAGCAAGUUACUGUCAGGCUUUUUUGAUUGAAAUACGACAAAAUACUACAGCAUUGUGCAAUUACGAUAUAAUGUAAUGAUAACAUUUAUAGUGGCUUCAUAAAUUGAUUAAAAUUUUUAAAAAAGCAAAACACACCUGAUGCACAUUCCUUGUUCGUUUUCUAGAUGUAGAGUUUAAAAACUGUAUUUUUUGUGUAGAUAAUUAAGAGAAGGUACAUUGCUGUCUUGCUCCAAUCAAAGUGACUUGAAUGCACCUGACGUUGUAAUUAUGACUUCCCGACUCGUAAAUAUGAACUUCUCAGGAGGGCUUGAACGCAGAGUAACAGUCACACAGUGGUGGAAGAAGUUUUCAGAUCCUUUACUUAAGUAUAAGUACUAAUACCACACUAUGAAAAUCCUCCAUUACAAGUAAAUGUCCUACAUUCAAAAACUUAUUUAAGUAAAAGUAUUGAAUUAUUAUCAGCAAAAUGUACUUAAAGUAUCAAAAGUAAACGUACACAUUGUGCAGUAAAAUGGUCCCUGUCCGUGUUUAACUAUUAUAUAUGAUGUUUUUAGAUCGAUAGUACUUUUAUAAUAUUAGUAUCACUAAAAAGUCAAUGAGCUCAGAAAAACAGGCCUGUUUUUAGCUUUGUGACGAUGCAUUUUCCAGCUAAUCCAAGGAGGUUUUAAAUAGUUUAUUCAGAUUAAGAAGUAGGGCAAUUUUCUCACCGUACAAAGGAACACUUAAUCCUUCAGUUUAUAACAUUCAAAAUCGCCCCAUUUGGAUAUACGCAGUUUUCAUUGGAUAGGAAGGGUAUGAAAAAUUGUCAUCUGAAAAUAACUAGUAGAUAAAGCUUUCAGACAAAUGUAGUGAAGUGAAAAGUACAAUGUUUUCCUCUGUGAUAUAGUGGAGUAGAAGCAUAAAAUGGAAAUACUCAAGUAAAAUACAAGUACCUCAAAUUUGUACUUAAGUACAGUACUUGAGUAAAUGUAAUUAAUUACGUUCCAACACUGCUGUCAAGUACAGCUUAGCCCAGGCUGUGAGCUACUCGAAAUGUCCGGCCCUGACUUCCUGUUACAGUGGAAAUUGUCAACACGUCGAAUAACGCUGCACGAUUCAAGGGGAGUUUUUAAGUGUUCAGUGUUUUGAGAUUUAAUUCUUACGCUGCCGUACAGUCUUCAUUCCUGUCAGUCUAAUGCUUUGUAUUUCUUGCUGUUUUUCAGAGAGAGUUUUCCUUCAUGCACUAAAGUCGUCUCUUCUUCUUUCUUUUUUUAUAGGUUUUCUUUGGCUGGUCCUCCGUAAACUACCUGAAGGGAACUGUGAUUGAUUGGAAACUAUUUUAAGGCCUUUAACUAUAUAUUAUUAUAAAUAUAUACAUACAUGCAUAAACUGUACAAAAAUUUGUUUUCGUAAUAGUUUUUUUUGAAGAAGAAGAAGCAGUUUGUACGUUAAAGAGGAUAAGAUAAUGCUCUCUGAGGGGAGAGCUGUUUGUCUUUUUUUUCUUUUCUCUUUCUUUCUUUUGCGGAAAUGUGAUGGGUGUUUAGGCUUGUGAGGAGACUUUUUGUUAUGAGAUAAGAGAAAUGCACGGGCUAAUUAAUAUCCAUAACCAUUCGUACAGAUUUUUUCAGCCACAGUAUUGCACUCAUAGAUCUCUGUUCAUGGCAUCUCGGUGGCACCCAAUGAUCACGUGAUUUCUGGCAAAACCAAACACCCAGUCUGAGAGCUGGACUGGAGACUGCCUGCUUUCCUGGACUUUAUUUGGGGCUUUUGUGUGUAUUCUGAUUUGUCUUUUCCGUUUUCCAAAAUCUGAAGCCACUGGUCAGAUUUACACAAGACACUGUAAUAUAUAAAACACAGAACGUGCAGUGAUGCUUGGAUAUGCCUUGCCGUGUAAAUGAGUAUUAUUGUUUUUUUCAUUUCUAAUUGAACAAAUUUUUCACAAUAUUUUUAGCAAUUUUAGAAUGGGUUGAUUGGUUUUGUAAUUUUGUAGCUGUUUCAUAAAAAAAAAAAGUCCACAACAAUGAACGAGAUGACCUAUUAUCAUCUUUUUCACUCUAUCUCUCAGACUUAUAUGUCCCGGCCUCUGUGUAAACUGGAACACGAGCAACAAAAAUUAUACACAUGCAGGAAAUCCUGUACAAAAAUUCACACUACUUGCCAAAAUUAUCCUUUUUGUAUUACUUAAGAUCUUAAUUACUUGGCAUCAGGCAAACUAAACUGCAGCGAGGGAACUUUUUCUGCUUUCACUACUGACACAACGUGAAAAAGCGGUGACUCACUGUAGCUUUGGUGGAUUUUAAUAAUAUUUAUACUUGUUCAACAUUUCACUGAUGAUGUUCAUGUAACUAAUUUUGCCUUAUUGUUACCAAAUGUACGAAAAAAAUAUUUUAAAUGAACCAUUUCUUUUGCAAUGGUCAUUAAAAAUGCUGGUUUUGAUCAAACAUCUGUGGUAUGUGCUGGGGUAUUUUUCCAUUACCAACUUGGAUGAUAUUUACAGUCAAGUACACCGUCCUUCAGAUGUUUUUAUUGAUCAUGGCCUAGAUAACAACGGUGUGGUCCUCACAAACUUCUAGAAACAAAAAAAUCUCAGUUGACCAAAGAACAACAAAAAAACAACAGAUUUCAAUAUGUGGUCAUUUUUUCCCUAAAAGUACACCAACAUUCAGAAACCAGGUGGGAGAAAAUAAG